UCCCUUUUCCUACAAUAUCUUUCCUGCAAAACCCUUCCUCCGAUUCUUGCUGCUGAGCUCAAGCGUACUUGAUGAUCAUGUCUACUCCAACCUUCACCAAACUAUAACCCCUUUCCUCUUUAUAUAAUCUUUCGUUCUUGCUCCAUGGAAGCUCUUUCAAGCUCUGUCUUUAUUCCGCCCUUUCAAGAGACGCGCUCCUCCUCUACCUCUUCUACUUCGCUCAGAUUAAACUUCUGCUUCCCCAAAACCACGCUUCCUGGAUUCCGAUCUCGAGGUAUUGCCGCUGUUACUCGCGAAGUUGCAGGCGACGGAGAAGAUGAUGAACAACCACUAGUUGAUAAUGCCUUUGCCUUGGCUCCUGAACAACCUCCAUCUUUUUCUCUGUUUAUGAAUCGAUACAUCAAUCGGCUGCUCAAGCUGUGUAGUGAUGGCUUCUCACAUUUUCUGAAGGAUAACUUGGUUCAAACUGAUGGAAUAGAAGCCUUAAAGAGCACAUCCGAAAUGAUAACACCUACAAGCACACAUGGAGCUGGAAGUGCAGGAGGCACUAGGGCUGGGCUCUUCCGAACCCCAAUUUCUGGAGGUGUACAGAGCGCAACCUCUGUUCAUGACUUACCUAGACCAGCCCUAGCAGUUCGCAAUCUCAUGGAACAGGCAAGGUUUGCUCACUUGUGUACUGUAAUGUCACGGAUGCACCAUCGUCGUGAGGGAUACCCAUUUGGUUCACUGGUAGACUUUGCACCAGAUGCAAUGGGGCAUCCGAUAUUUUCCUUUUCUCCAUUAGCUAUACACACAAGAAACUUGUUAGCUGAUCCAAAGUGUACAUUAGUGGUGCAGAUACCUGGAUGGAGUGGCUUAUCGAAUGCAAGAGUCACUAUUUUUGGUGAUGUUUAUCCCCUUCCUGAAGAUCAACAGGAAUGGGCUCAUAAGCAGUAUAUAUCAAAACAUCAACAAGGGCCAUCACAGCAAUGGGGAAACUUUUACUACUUCAGAAUGCAGAAUAUAAGUGAUAUAUAUUUUAUUGGAGGUUUUGGGACAGUUGCUUGGGUGAAUGUAAAGGAAUAUGAGGCUCUUCGACCUGACAAGAUUGCUGUGGAUGGAGGUGAACAGAAUCUGAAGGAGUUGAAUGCCAUGUUUUCGAAGCCCUUAAAGGAGUUGUUGUCAAUGGAAACAGAGGUGGAUGAUGCUGCAUUGAUAUCGAUAGAUAGCAAAGGGACAGAUGUUCGUGUUCGUCAAGGUGCACAGUUUAAUAUACAGAGGUUGGCGUUUGAAGAAGGGAAUGGGGUUGAGACACUUGAGGAAGCCAAAACAGCAUUGUGGAAUUUGAUUCGGAGAGGUGGUGAACACAAGUUUUGACAAAAUUUAUCAUUUAUUAUUUUUGAGUUUUUUUUUUGUUUUUUGUAAGAGAGUGGUAAAUAAAAGGGGGUAUGAGUAAAAAACAUGGUCAAAAUAGUGACGUGGCCAACUCUCAUAAUCUGUGAUCCCUAAUACUAGUAAUGAAGGAAAGUGUUAAAAGGGACUUUCUGUUA